AUGCGAGGAGAAGGCCAGCGCCUGACGGAGCAUCUGAAGGCAAUUCUUACCGAAAUCGAGCGGCUGAAAGUCGUCUACUGCGAUGCGAUCGAGCAGCUGGAGACGAACACGCUGCAGAAUCUGUCGCCACAGUCGGCUACUCAAUGGUUCAAAAUGUACCUUCGUGUCGUGGAUUUAGGCAUCCAACUCCGACGCGGAGAAAUCCGUCAUCGCUCCACGCAGCAAUUCACGUUUCCACGUAUGCACGAGACUGGCACCAAAGGGGCUGUGCACUCGGGGCUGAGCAUUGACGAUGGCAAUGCCAUAUACCAGCUCAUGGAGAGCCGACGACUAGUGUCCGAGAGUCGACUAGACUACUGGUUCAUCAGAAUGGACGGACUCGAUCGCGACGACAUCAGCCUUCUGGACAAGAGAGUUACCGGGUGCCUUGAGAGUUUUCGUAGACAAGACAGCAACUUUUAUCAUAGACUCGAUGUGACGGGCGAGGACCCUCAUGAGGAACUGGUGGUGCUGGGAGAACUUGAUGGGACUAGCUCUCGAGUCUUGGCGAAGGCUACACGGACGUGUUUUGGGCCGUCGAAGUGUUCGUGCGAGGAAGACGCGCGUCCUUGGGAGGGUUUCAGUCUCACGUCCGGCGACCCGCUUUCGCAAAACUUCUCUUUGGCAAAUGCAAGUUCCAGCACCAUGUUGGUAGAGCUGGACGAGAUUGGCAUUAUUGACAUCAAGCGACAGAUGGGAUUCGAACAAUUGUCGUGCGAGGAAGCACAAGAGGAUGCAGUGGCGCUCGCACGCGAUUCCUCGCGAUUGGCUAGGCGUCUGAACAGUUCUGGCAACGGUACUGCUGCCUCAGUAGGGCUGCAUAAUCUGCCAUCGGCGCGAAGCUUGUAUCAGAAAAGGUGUGUGGAUAUUGGGCAGGAAGCAAAGCCAUCGAUUACUGCGGUACUGGCGGUGAAAAAAGGAGCACAUUAUCUUGACCUGUCUGGCAUCGGUUUCCAUUCUGCACGCGAUCUCCAGGACUUGGUGGACAUUUUUGCGACUUCUGGCUUACCUCCUGUGAAGGAACUGGAUGUGUCGAACGGCUUUUUCAAUGCAGCUGCCUUCGAAGUACUGUGCAAAUUGCUGCGCUUACCGUUGCUGCGUCAGAACGUCGAGCGACUUAGUUUUCGUGGCAUCGCUGCUCCACGUCCAGCCGACAUUGCUGCCCUUAUGCGAUUGCUGACCGGCGAUAGUACAUCUGUUGGAUCCCUGUCAGCGCUCAGUAGCUUGAAGACGCUGGAUUUGUCAUACAAUACGUUGUGGUAUGAAGGCGCUCAGCAUCUCCGGCCCCUGCUCGCUAGCUUAUCAGGGCUUGAGAACCUGCUCUUGGAAUCCUGCUUCCCAGAACUUGUCGCGCCGUUCAACUCGAUGAGUUCGCUCGGUGGUCGAACAGCGGUAGAGGAGAGUGUGCGCCUGGCACUAAUGGAUGUCAGCAAUCGUCUUCAGUGCCUGAAUUUUGGCUCAAACUGCAUCACUAGUGAUUCGCGCUGGUUGAAUGCUCUUUUUGCACCUGGAAGCACAACACAAAAGUUAUACUUGCGGGGAAUCACCAGCAGUUCUCGUUGCACGAUCGAGACAGAGGAGGCCAACUGGCGAACAAGCGACACUUGGGACCUGCAGCAAGUGGAAAUGCUUCAGUGGUCCUCCAGCAGUGUACACACGAACAAGUUGCUCGACGCUUUAUCUGCCGAGUUGCAAGGUGAAUUCGCACAACUGAAGCAUCUUGACCUUGAACUUAAUAUUGCAUCUUUGCCAGAUCGCGAAAGAAACAACGCCGACCAUAGGAUCGCAGAUACGAUCGCACACAUUGCCGACUACGCGGUAUUGCGAUCAUGCCGUAUCUGCUAUUAUUGUCAAAGUGGGACCAUUUCGACCGGGGUGAAUGUUUCUGUGCGAAAGCUUAUGGAGGAUGGAUUGCGUGUGUGUGAAGUUCUAGCAUUGCGUAUGCCGCAAAUGUGUCUAGAUUCGGGCGCCAUAUGUGAUCUGCUGUCAUGUGCAGUCGCUCCGGAAAUGCGGAAAAUGACGCUGGCCUUCGCGAUUGCGUGCGAAGUCCAGGCAACACCGACUUUUGGUUCGUGCUUUUCGCAAAUGCAAUCGGUGCACGAAAUUGCAUUGGAACUGCACGCCACAGUCACAUCUGAGGCUGCGGCAAUGGCGUUAGCGCAUCAGCUGAAGACGUCUUGGCUGAAACUGAGUGUUUCGACCGAUCUCGUGCAUGACGUGAAACGAGACGAUGAUCUUGCAAAGCACGGAAAAGCCAUUCGUUCGUUUGGCUUACUUGAGCAAGUGAAGGCAAACAAGCGAAUUUACCGAUGCCGCUUCUGUGUCACGUCAGCGUCACAACGAUGA